UCAAGAGAUUAUACAUCAAUAACAAUUCUAUCUAACAAUGUCAUCACAAAGUAUAGACUUAAUAAAGAGUUUUUCUUACGGAUGAAGAGAGUUUUGGAACAUUCUUCUCACUGACUCAUGGUCUGAUGAAUAUUGUUCCCACUGUGAUGAUCUUCAGCACUUGGUGCCUCAACCGCAGGCACCUUCUUUGCAAGAGACUUGGGGACUUCGAGAUCAUUUGAGUAUUAGCAAUAAGAGAAGUAUUUAUGCUAUGUAAACGUCACUCUCAUAGCAUGUAUGCUUCCACAAUACUUGGAUUUGGGCCAAUUUUGUAGAGUGAGCCGGUUUUGGAUUCAGAAUCUUAGUUGGAUACAAUCAGUUUAAAGGUAAAAAUUUGCAAAAAUACACUUACAGAUCACUUGAACAUUAUUAAGUAAUGAAUUCAUAACAAGAAAAAAUUGAAAGACGCAUUUAAAAAAAAAGUAGUUAAAAUUAAAAUUAAAAUAAGAAAAUCCGGCUAACAAAUUAGUAUUUGUGAAUGGCUUUACUAAAUUUUCAUUAACUUAUGAAAAUAAUUUGCUAAGAAAACAGAGUUUUUUUUAGUUAAAAAAAAAACAGAGUUUUUUUAAAAGAAAUUUUAUAAAUACGAAAAAGAACAAACAUGAUCAAUUUAUAGAGUUAAAAUACAUAAGAGGAUAUAUUUAUCAAAAUCAAUUCAAUAAAUUUAAGAGAUACUGCUUUGAUUUGGGCCACAAGUAAAUAAAAAUAAAAAAGGAAAGCAGAAACCCUAAUUUUACACCCAAAGGAAGGACACAGCGGAACAAAAGAUGAUGAUGAAGCACUCGCAAACGAUUUUGGCCAAGUAUUGUCGGAAAGGGAUCUCAUCCAUCGCCUCUUCCCCCAUGUCCACGAGGGUCAAGCAUGCUUGGGAGGAGCAGGACGGAUUAGUUCUUGGUUUAGCGUUCUUUGGUGGAUGGUUCGUCAAAGCUUCCAUAAAUCUUUUAAAGAGAAGAGAGGAUUGGUAUAGAGUACACAGAUUUUUUGAUGAUGAGAAGAAGCGUCUUGACGUGCCCGUAAUGAAAAGGAACUGGAUGAUAAUGUCUAGGCGACAAUUGAUUGUCUUUUGUGUUGCCUUGUUUGGUGUUUUUUCCGCACUCUCGUACUAAUUUAAUAGUGGCUUGCUUCUGGUCUUGUGUUAGUUUGGUGUUUUGAAACUGUUUUUUUUUCUUCUUCAUCUCCAUCCUAUAUAUAUAUGUUGCAAACCUACUCUGCUUUCUUUUCUACGUUAUAUAUCUGACAAACAAAAUUUAUACCAUGGUGCUUCCCGAAGAAAAAAAAAUUAUAUAUUUACUUUUCAUUUGUGGUUGAAUUACAAAAUAAGGAGCUACAUCACAUUAUCAAAAAGGAAGAAGUAAGUGUUUCAUUGUUAUAAAUCUUACGGUUUUUUUCCUACAGCAA